UAAAAAGAUACUUUGGUUCUAUACGUGGUUUAUUAAAGUUAGAGUGAGCACUGAGAAGACGUUUGAAAAAAGUUUAUCUUUGCCGUAUAUUAGUUAAAAUCAUUCUGUUAGUUUUAUAUGCUACUUUGUAGGAAAAUCUUUGAAAAAUGUUUGGAAUAUUCUUUGGUUUUAUGUUCGUGACAGCAUAUGCCGCAGAUGAAAUACCCUCCUUCAUCCAUCCGUGUGGUCGUAAAGAUCCCAAUUACAGUCAAUGCUUCGUGGACAACGUUAAUAGUGUAACGAAGAAGAUUUGUACAUUUGGAUUACCGGAAUUCAAUCUUCCUCCGCAAGAGCCAAUAAUUAUUGAUAAAGUAGUUAUUUAUGACACGGAUAAUCUUAAAUUGAGUCUCAAAGAUGUAAAUGUAAGAGGAUUUUGCAAUCUUACUGUAACUUCACAUUACGCAUCUCCUGAUAGACGUCAUCUUGAGUUUAAUUUUACAUUAAAAAAUCUUACCACGGACUCCGUAUAUAACUUUGACAUACGUUUAUUGGUAUCACUUGCUAAUGAAGGACUAAUUCAUGUUACUUCAGAUGAUGUAGACGGAAAGGUAACCAUGGAUUUGAAAGAGGUAAUCAAGAACGGUAAAAAACAAAUAUAUGCAUCGAAAGUAAAUACUAUUUUUAAAAUUAAUAAAUUCAAUUAUGAGUUUGAUAUAAGUGAGAAAAACUUGGCUCAACUACACGAAGCUUUGAGCAAAAUCAUAAAGGAAAACGAGAACGAAAUAUUAGUAAAUUUUUGCCGAAAGCAGAAGAAGCAGUCUCCAAACUAAUAAUUUCUAUCAUUAAUACUGUAGCUCAUAAUAGAUUUGAGCAAUUGUUUCCCGAUGAAGCAUAGAAUGUCUAAAGUACUGCUCCAUUCUUAUAUUUGAAACAUUUUAGUUUAUCUUUAGAUAUUGUACGGAUCGCCUUAUUGACUACAGAGCAUCUGAAAAUAAAUUAAGAUAAUAAUCAUAUGUUUAAUAUGAAACUAUGAAUACUAGCCAGAUUACAAAUACAAGAUAUUGAGAUUCUUCAUCACAAAGUCGUUUUAUGCACUGUAAUGCAAUUCAAUUCAAUUAAAAUAGAAAAAUAAAAUAUAUUAUAUAUAGGUAAUAUAUUUUAAUUAUAUUAGUUUAUAUCUAAUAAUGCGAUCCGAUUCUAUUAAAGAAUAAUCAACAUA